AUGAAUCUCAUUUUAGAAUAUGUUCUUCUUUUCGGCAUUGCAGUUUAUUCAUAUUUGGUCUUUGUCAAAUUGUUUAUACCACUGAAGAGAAAAUCUGUUAGUGGAGAAAUUGUAUUAAUCACUGGAUCUGGUCAUGGAAUUGGACGGAUUACAGCCUUAGAGUUUGCUAAACGACAAAGCAUCCUUGUCUUGUGGAUAAUAAACAGUAAAGGUGUGAAAGAAACAGCUGAUGAAUGCAGAAAAUUGGGAGCAACAGUCCAUGUAUACGUGGUGGACUGUAGUAAGCGGCAGGAUAUUUACAGUGCUGCUGAAAAGGUGAAACAAGAGGUUGGAGAUGUUUAUAUCUUGAUAAAUAAUGCAGGAGUGGUGUUUGGUACAGAAUUUCUUCAGCUCCAAGAUCAUCAGAUUGAAAAGACUUUUCAUGUCAACAUUCUUGCUCAUUUCUGGACUACCAAAUCGUUUUUGCCUGCAAUGAUGAAGAAAAACCGGGGACACAUUGCUACAGUUGCUUCUAUAGCAGGACACGUGGGAUUAAGUUACCUGGUAGAUUAUUGUGCAAGCAAGUUUGGUGCAGUUGGUUUUCAUGAGGGCCUUACACAAGAGCUUGAAGCCCUGGGGAAGGACGGCAUAAAAACCUCAUGUUUAUGCCCUGUGUUUGUAAACACCGGAUUUGUCCAUAACCCAAACACAAGAUUAUGGCCUGUGCUGAAACCAGAAUAUGUUGCACAAAGUUUUAUAGAUGGCAUAUUAACCAAUGAGAAAAUGAUCAUUGUUCCUCCAUCAGUCAAAUACUGUAUGCUUUUGGAUCAGUUUCUUCCAGCACGAGUUUCAGCAACUCUUAACAAAAUGCAAGAAGUCCAGUUCAGUACUCCAUACAGAAAUGGAACCAAGAAGGACUACAGAAAGCAUUGAAAAGAAAACUGCAAAGAUCUCCCGUUUUUGCACAGUGAUCAUGUAAAAUGCUUUGGAGGUGUUAGUAAACUGCAAUGCUUGUAACAUGAGUUUAGAGGAAUUCUUAAAUGCAAUAAAUCACAAUAUACAAGUAUAUUAGCAGAAUAAUCAACAAUAUAGGGCUAGAUUACAAGUGGAGUGGUAGUUAAAACCACUAGAAGUAUUUUUUGCACUCACAGAUUCGAGCUCGUAUUACGAGCAUGUGCAAGAGUUCACAGACUAUACGUAUA